AUGUUCGGGCCAUACCAGGGGUUCACCCCAAAUUUAGUCGAGGCCUACAAUGAACUCAAACAAGUUGACAAAUUUGAGGUCAUCUUCAUAUCUGCCGACCAAGAUGACAAGUCGUUUAACUCUUAUUUCUCUAAAAUGCCCUGGCUUGCAAUCCUGUUUUCCGAUACAAAGACACGCGAAAAACUAGACAAGACGUUUAGUGUCGAUUGGAUACCUCAUCUCGUGUUUUUGGAUGACAGUGGGAAAUUAUUAUCUGAGGAAGGCGUACGAAUAAUUCAAGAAUACGGUUCAGAGUACCCUUUUAACUCUGAAAAGAUCGAGCAGCUCAAGUUACAAGAAUUUGAAGCUAGGAAGAACCAAUCGCUUAAGUCAUUGCUUGCAUACGGGUCGAGGGACUAUGUGAUUAAAUCCGAUGGAGAGAAGGUUCGAAUUGCUGAGCUGGAAGGCAAAACUAUCGACUUAUACUUCAUAUUGUCCACUUACAAAAGUUGCAUAUCUUUCAACCAGAAGCUAGUCGAAACUUACGAGGGCUUGAAAAAAAUUGGUAAGAACUUUGAAAUUGUGAUGGUACCCCUCGAUAAUGACGAGCAAUCUUUCGUGCAACUUUUCAAUCAACUGCCUUGGCUUUCGUUGCCCAUGAAUGACAAAUGCCGUUCGAAGCUCGUCCGAUAUUUCCAGCUCGAUGAGCUUCCGACAGUUGUCGCUAUUGGGCCGGAUGGGAAAACUAUCCAUCCGAACGUGGCUGAUGCUAUCGAGGAACACGGACUGAAAGCUUUCCCUUUCACGCCCGAGAAAUUUGCCGAGCUUGAAGAGAUUGAAAGGGCAAAAAUGGAAGCACAGACACUGGAGUCCAUUUUGGUUUCGGGCGACCUCGAUUUUGUGAUUGGAAAAGAUAGGGUCAAGAUUCCGGUCUCGGAUCUCAUCGGCAAAACCGUACUCCUCUACUUCUCGGCCCACUGGUGCCCCCCGUGCCGUGCCUUCCUCCCAAAACUCAUCCAAACCUACCAAGACCAAAUGUCGAACAAAAGCCCGCUCGAGAUUGUCUUCCUCUCGAGCGAUCGGGACCAAGCCUCGUUCGAUGAAUACUUCUCUUCCAUGUCGUGGCCCGCAACCCCGUUUGGCGACCCGCGAAAGCAGUCUCUCAGCCGCUACUUCAGAGUCCGAGGCAUCCCUACAUUGGUCGCAAUGGGGCCGGAUGGAAAAACCGUCUCGACUGAGGCCCGCGGGCUUAUAAUGGUCCACGGGCCCAAAGCUUAUCCCUUUACGGACGAGCGGGUGAAGGAGAUAGACCAAGAGUACGAGAAGAUGGCAGAGGAAGGAGGGUGGCCCGAGAAAAUCGAGCCCUGGAAGGGACUUCACGAACACGAUCUUGUUCUUACCAAGCGUUUGGAGUUCAACUGCGACGGGUGCGGAGAUGAAGGGCGCUCGUAUUAUUGCGAGGAAUGUGAUUUCGAUCUUUACCCAAAGUGUGGGGCUGUGGAGGAGAAGAAUGGUGGUGGUGAAGGGUGGGUUUGUGAAGGGGAUAAGAGUGUUAAGGGAGUGAAUUAG